CGCCGGAGCCUUUCUUCCCCAGAGAGACGCCUCAACCCACCCCACCCCCACAAGAACACGAAGCCACAAGCCACAUCCCCUCCACUCCACGGUGAGGUUGAGCGAUCCGAGCAAGCAGAUCAUCGGCGACAGGUUUGUUCUCUGAACUCUCUGAUUCUUUUUAGCAGCAGGGAAAGUUUGCACCGCACAAGAAAGGUCCGGUUCAAGAAGGCUCUUCCUUUGAGUUUAUUAGACUCCUCAAAGGGAGUUUGUUCUUGGGUUUGGAUUUUUUCUCAACCUCAUCACACCUCUCCUAGGAGGAACAGAGAUCCAGAGAACCUUUUUUCUCUUCUGGAUUCUUGCCGCCUUUUGGCCUUUCGAAAGGGUUCUUUUGCAAUACCCUUCUUGUUCAUCACCCCUUUUUCUUUUUCUUUGCACAAAACCCGCUGUUUCUCUACUUUUAUUGAGGAACAGGGCUGAUUUCCAAACUUUUUUUCUACUUUAAUUUGCAUAAAAAGCUCCUUUUAUUUCUCACCGUUUUUAGUUGCCCCAGCCUCUUCUUCUAGCUCCAUCCAACUAGUCAUAAUGGCCGCAGCCAUAGAUAUGUACAAGUAUUACAACACUAGUGCACACCAGAUCGCCGCCUCCUCUUCUUCGGAUCAGGAGCUCGCGAAAGCACUCGAACCUUUUAUAACGAGUGCUUCCUCUUCGUCUUCCUCCCCCUACCACUACUACUCUUCUUCUUCCAUGACCCAAGAUUCUUACAUGCCUACACCCUCCUACGCCACCUUCGCCACCUCGCCUCUUCCCACCGCCGCCGCCACCUCCUCGUCGUCUUUCUCGCAGCUUCCGCCACUCUACUCGUCGCCUUACGCUGCUUCUGCGGCGUCGGGCGUGACUGGACCGAUGGGCCUGAACCAGCUCGGCCCGGCCCAGAUCCAGCAGAUCCAGGCCCAGUUCAUGAUGCAGCAGCAGCAGAGGGGCCUGCACGCGGCGUUCCUGGGCCCGCGGGCGCAGCCGAUGAAGCAGUCCGGGUCGCCGCCGUUGGCGCCGGCGCAGUCGAAGCUGUACCGCGGCGUACGCCAGCGCCACUGGGGCAAGUGGGUGGCGGAGAUCCGCCUCCCCAAGAACCGCACGCGGCUGUGGCUGGGCACCUUCGACACCGCCGAGGACGCGGCGCUCGCCUACGACAAGGCGGCGUUCCGCCUCCGCGGCGACAUGGCGCGCCUCAACUUCCCCGCCCUCCGCCGCGGCGGCGCGCACCUGGCCGGCCCGCUCCACGCCUCCGUGGACGCCAAGCUCACCGCCAUCUGCCAGUCCCUCGCCGGGUCCAAGAGCGGCUCCCCUGACGCCGAGUCCUCGGCCGCGUCCCCGCCGGACUCGCCCAAGUGCUCGGCGUCGACGGAGGGGGAGGAGGAGUCGGUCUCCGCCGGCUCCCCGCCUUCACCGCCGCUGGCGCCGCCCGUCCCGGAGAUGGCGAAGCUGGACUUCACGGAGGCGCCGUGGGACGAGACGGAGGCCUUCCACCUGCGCAAGUACCCGUCCUGGGAGAUCGACUGGGACUCCAUCCUCUCAUGAGCAAUCAACUGCAACUACUGUAGUAGUAGCAGCAAAGAUUCAGUCAGUCAGCUCAAUGACAGCUCUGUGUAAUUUUCAUUGGGUUUUUGCAGCUGCGGUGGAUCGAUGGCAUUUUAGACAUCGGCCAUGGCGGCUGCGAGAGUAACUAUAGCUAGUAAAUCGUCCAGUGUUGUGAUGAUAGUAGCAGUCCGUGUUAAUCUCCUGGUUGAGCUGCCGGUUGUUUUUUCUCACGGCACGGCCAGUCGAGAAGGUCAAGUGUAAUCCCUUGUUAUUACCAUCUGUUGCAGCUUAAUCCAUCUAGCUUAUGUGUACGUAA